UCGGAGCCAAUCGCGAACGAAGGCCGCCCUGGCUGGUACCCAAGUGUGGGGUAGCAGGCGGGGCCAGCCCUUGUCAUCCGAGAGCUAUCGAGCAGGGAGUGAACCUCGUGUCUGUGCGGCGGACAGAUCCCGGGGAACGCCGACUCUCUUGAGGGCAAGUCGCCUGCUUGCAUUUCUCAUCACCGGGGGGGAAACCGUGCUGAUCUGAUAGACUGAUGCUUCCUCCUCUGAACGAGCCGUGCGUGACCUCGGAGACUGCCGAACGCCUGUGCUGAGCACAAAACGAUUCCAGAGCCCGAGCCCGAGCCCGCCCUGAUUCAAGAUGAGUUUUAGUUUUAGUUCGUUUGUUGCCAUUGGAGUGAGCUUCUGUGGGAUAUUCCUGUUCUCACUUGUGCUCUGUCUAUGUUGCCCCUGCUGCCUUCUCUACAAACUCGCACGAAGAGGACGUCAGCCUGUUGUCUCAAGUUCAACCACGACUACGGUUGUCCAGUCUGCAUAUCCGUCACACCAACCGGUACCCGCUCAAGGGUUUGUCCCGUACCAAGGUUACACACCGAUGCCAGCACAGCCAGGACCAGCUCUCGGCAUGCCCUACCAUGCAAGUAGCCCCUAUCCACCACCAUAUCCAACUCCAUAUUCUGGGCAGCCUCCUUCAUAUCAAGAUACUGUGGCAACUGGGGCUGGCAUACCUUACCCUGUGGCUCAGCCGCCCUACAACCCAUCUGCACAGCCGCCCUACAACCCGUCUGCACAGCCGCCCUACAACCCGUCUGCACAGCCACCCUACAACCCGUCUGCACAGCCGCCCUACAACCCGUCUGCACAGCCGCCCUACAACCCAUCUGCACAGCCGCCCUACAAUCCUGCCUAUGGAUCUCCAGAGAAGGCACAUUAAUGGACACCUGACCAACUUGGUUAUCAAGUGCAUUUACUGAUUUAAUUUAGUCUGUUACUAUUUUGUACAAGUUUAAUGCUGGAGAUGAAUUACCUAGUAAGCAUUUAAACUGUUCAGCAGUUUCAUAAGUUUAAAAGAGUGCACUUGGCAUCCCCAUCCCCUACGCCCAGCCUUACGUCUCCAUUUUUAAUUCCUAAGAUGUGUUAAGUGCAAAUGUUACCUUUUGAUUAUCUUGUAUUUCCAACCAUUUUUGUCAACCUGAAAGUUGGUUUUAAACGUCUCUUUUUCCUGCAUUAACAAAAUAGGUCUUUUGAUAUUUCCUAAGUUUCCCCUUCUGUGAAGGCUGCAUGUCACCACUUGCCAUUAAUUAAAAAGUAGCACAGUUUGUAAGCGCCCUCUGUCCAGAUAUUAUCACGUCCAUUUUCUUUUCUGCUUUUUUUUUUGCUGUUUGGUGUAGGUUGUGUUUUGUAAGUUGAACGAAGUGGCAUGGGUAUGGCAGCAGGUUCUGUAAACCGUUUCCAUAAUGCUAACACCAUUUGGGGAAUUCUGUCUUAAAAUGAAAGAGAAGCUGAAACCAUGUAUAUUUCUGAUCCUGCACUCGUCAGUUUAUCUCUGGCCUCCCCAGUCUUCAGGCUAGCAGCACGUUAUUGGCCAAUAACUGGAUUUAUCUGGGGGCGGGUCUCUAAUUUCCCCUUCUCUGGUUCUGCUCUUCCCAUGUGGCAGAAUUAUUCCAAGCAUCUGCUGCAGUAUGUUCUUGGGUGGAACAGUGGCGCAGCGAGAAGAGCUGCUUUGUCCUGACGCCAGAGGCUGUGGGUUCAAUCCCGACCUUGAAUACUGCUGGUGCAGAGUUUAUAUCUUCUGUAGGUGGGUAGGCCACAUCCCAAGACAUGGAUUGGUAGAUCAAAUGACCAGUGUAAAUGUAGGGUGGAGGUGAGUCAUAACAAUUGGAGAAUGUAGACAGAAUAAAAAUGAAAGUAAUAUAGAAUUAGUGUAAACGAAUAUUGGAAGUUGGGCAGAUUAAUUGGGCCUAAAGACUUGUUUCCAUGGUGUCUCUCUUUAUGACUUGGUGAAGGCACACCAACAUUUGCUGCAGCCCCAUUGGCAAGAUGUUAUUAAAGUAAGAACCUCAUUGCGGUUCAGAUCUGUUGCUUAUCUGGCCCUUUCUGCCACUAGUGCCGGGUCUCACCCACUGAGUGGGGCACAAUUAAAAGCACAGACACGGCUGGCGUGUUAUGGCAGCAAAGAUUGACAAGACUGAUUCCAGGGAUGGUAGGUUUGAGUAAUGAGAGGAGAUUAAAUAAACGGGGACAGUAUUCUCCAGCAUUUAGAAAAAUGAGAGAUCUCAUUAAAGAAUAUGAAGUUCUUAAAGUGUUAUAUCUCUCUCAAUGAUUCUAAGACUUGACAGGUUAGAUGUACCACUUCAGAAGGAGGAGUUGGCUACAGAGGACUGAGAUACAGAGAAUUUAUUUGAGAUGCUGAACAUCUGGAAUUCUCUACCCCAAAGGGCUGUGGAGGUUCAUUUGUUAGGUUCUUGAAAGUAUAGUGAUGGAUAUUAAGGGAAUCCAGGGAUAAAGGGAUAGUUUAGGGUGGUGGUGAAUAUUGAUAGCUCAGGUUGAGGCGUGCAGAUAGUGUUGGAAAAUCGCACCCAGGUAGAUAAUCAGCCCUGAUCUUACAGGACGACAGAACAGCCCGGAAGAGCUCCUGUUUCUUUUGUUCCUCCGUUCUCAAGAGAGUUUGAUGAGAUGCCCAGGGAGACCAAAAGGAAAUGGCAGAAACAGAAUCAUUCCGAAUAAAUGGGAUCAGCACUAUUGACUGGCGACUUUGUGUCUUUUAUUAUACUUGUGACGUAAAACCACAAUAUUUGAAGUUUUUUUACUGCUGUUUUCAUUCACCUGCAAAAGUAAAUGGGGAUGUUUCUGUCAAGCCAACCAGUUAGGAAGUUGAUUAGCAGCAUCGGGGGGAAAAAGCCAGAUGAAUACUGAAAUAAGUCGUGUGCAGUAUGUACGCAGAUAGAAAUCACGCUGUUAUCUCAUUUGCUCUGUCACCUGAACUGACCUCUCCCCUAACCAAAGACUAACUAUGAGUUCCUUCAUACCUUUGUGCUUUGUAAUUAUUUAGUCUCUAUUGCCCAAGGACUUCUUUGGUUCAAUUCAGUGAAUCGCGAUUUAUAUAUUAGGAUUAAGCAAAACCAUUCAGAUGCAGUAUUGUUGGAAAAAAUAUUCAUGACAUAAAAUGUUUAAAUACUAGUAUCUGUACAAUAAAAUAAAAAGCAUGCUGUGUCAAAA